AUGCACUCAGAGCAGGCUGCCACCUUAGUACCGCUUGAGGUUCUCAGCCGAACAUUCAAUUUUAAUGACCAUGAGGCCAAAUGGUGGGAUACCACCGCACCGCUCUUUGCCAAAAUGCUUAUCAAUGCCAAAUACGAUGUACACGCACAGUACAGGUUUCUGUGCCUUUAUCGCGAGUUUGUUAUUCCCAACUUGGGAGCGUAUCCUACUAAAGGGACCCAAUUGGGCUGGAAGAGCAUGCUCACACGCUAUGGACUUCCCUUUGAAUUAAGCUACAAUGUUUCUAAAUCUCUCGUCCGUUUCGCCUUCGAGCCCAUUGGCAGUCUCGCUGGUACCGAGCAAGACUUAUUUAAUACCAAGGCGAUCGGUGAGACAUUGCACAGAUUUGGAAAAAUUGUGCCAGGUCUCAACUUGGAAUGGUACAAUAGUUUCGUGUCCGAUCUUAUUGUCUCGGAUAAAGAAGCCAAAAUGGCCCGCAACACAACAAUCCCAUUCCGAACGCAGAGUGUCAUUGCGGUCGACAUGGAGCCAAACGGGGAUGUGUUACUAAAAGCCUAUUUCUGCCCUAGGAUUAAAUCUGUUGUUACCGACAAAUCCAAGGAGAGUCUGAUGUUUGACGCUAUCCGGAAGGUCGAUCAUGACGGCCGUCUUGAGGUUCCGCUGUUAACUUUAAAGGAAUUUUUGGCUUCGCGCGCCUCCGCGGCUAGAGGGCAAGAUUCUGCCCUUAUUGCGCAUUUUUUUUCAUGUGAUCUUCUUCAGCCGUCCGAAUCACGAAUUAAAAUGUACUGUUAUGAGACCAAGCUGGACUUUGACGCCCUUACUAGCGACUGGACAUUGGGGGGGAGGCGCAAUGACCCACAGACAUUAGCUGGCCUGGAACUGCUCAAGGAGCUAUGGGACUUGCUACCAAUCACUGAGGGGCGCAGCGAAGGUCCUCCCGGCUUCCAUGAGCUUGGUACUUCACCUGAAGAACGCCUCCCGUUCAUUCUGAAUUUUGGCCUUUGUCCGGGGAAUCCCAUCCCGGAACCCCAGAUAUACUUCCCUGUCUUUGGUUACAACGACAAGGUUGUUGCUGAUGCAUUGAAGGCUUUCUUCCUGCGCGUGGGCUGGACAGACUUAGCCAACUCAUACAUGGCUAACCUGUGUGAAUACUAG